AUGAGGCCCCUCCGCGCGUGGUUUGCCAUGUGCCUCGUAGCGAUUUUGUUGUUUACCGUCGUUGAUGUGUCGGCGCUCUAUGUGCGCGGGAAAGCAACUCGCGCCAUUUUUAUCGCUGUUAUGGCGUCAUCAGUAUGGAUAUGCUAUGUCCUGCUUCUCUUCAUCUUCCUCUACCGGCCUUUGCGUCGUUGUACUGCUUUGUACCGAACGGGUUGCUGUUGCCGCAAUGGCAGUAGUGCAGCGAAUAAUGGUGUUCGAUUGUGGUUCAAGGAGCAACACAGUCUCGACGUGUGCGUUGAAGAGCUGCGGAAUGGUAUGGUGGACAUUGAAGGAUUAAAAAGAACAUGA